AUGCGGAGAAACCAUCAGUCCUCAAACCUCAAACCAUUUAAAUUGCCCACUCUGAGGCGCACAUAUGCCUCCUCACCAUCAAAGAGAAGUGGGACCGGAACGAUGCAUCAGACACUGAUCAAUGACAUCCAGCAACCGCAUUCCAACAGCUCAUCCCUUCGUAAACCUUUCACUGACCUGACAUCAUCAGCCCACGGCGAGGACGCUGAAUUGGAUGCUUUCGACUUGGAACUUCUAGCCUCGGAGGAUAGAGAGAAGACAAUUCAAGAUCCAGGAUUUGGAGUUCCUAGAUCAACGCCGCUUCAAACCUCUCGUCAACCUGAUCCACAGGCACCUCAAUUCUCUCGAUUCUUUCAGCCAAGCCCGAGUAUCCCUUCUUCUCGCUGGAAUGCAUCCGAUUCAUCGGAUCCUGUGUUAGGACCUCCGUCAAGCCCAUUGGCUUUGUUUAAGCAGAAGAAGGAUGGGAUGCGGAUGGGACAGCAUAGUCUUGAGACGAAUCGUGGCCUUUACAAUGACGAGACCAGUCAGAGCUCACCUCAGGAACCGAUCGCACAAGCGAGCCCCGAGGCUUUGACUGCCAAUAAACAACGUCAACAUCCGUUUAGUAACAUCCCACCAUCUGUGCGGGGAAUCGUCCUCGUAUCAGUGAAUGAUUUACCGGAGAACUACCGCUCGAUGUUUCCCUUCCCGCUUUUCAAUGCCAUUCAAUCUAAAUCCUUCCACUCCGUCUACAACAGCAAUGACAACAUCGUUUUGUCCGCACCAACCGGCAGCGGAAAGACAGUGGUGAUGGAAUUGGCCAUCUGCAGACUCCUGAACACCCUCAAAGACGAACGCUUCAAAGUAGUCUACCAAGCACCCACCAAAUCUCUCUGCAGCGAGCGGUUCCGAGACUGGCACUCCAAGUUCUCCAGCUUGAACCUCAAGUGCGCAGAACUGACCGGAGACACGGACCACAUGCAACUGCGAAACGUGCAGAAUAGCCAGAUCAUCAUCACGACGCCCGAGAAGUGGGAUAGUAUGACUCGGAAAUGGAAAGAUCACAUGAAGUUGAUGCAGCUUGUGAAACUCUUUCUCAUUGACGAGGUACAUAUUCUGAAGGAGACACGGGGAGCUACGCUUGAAGCUGUGGUUUCUCGAAUGAAGAACAUUGGAUCGAAUGUGCGAUUUGUGGCGCUGAGUGCUACUGUUCCUAACUCCGAGGAUAUUGCUACCUGGCUUGGGAAGGAUGCGACAAACCAGCAUGUUCCUGCGCACCGGGAGCAUUUCGGCGAGGAGUUUCGUCCUGUAAUACUGAAGAAGGUUGUCUAUGGGUAUUCAUCUAAUUUGAAUGAGUUUGCAUUUGAUAAAGUCUGCGGUUCAAAGUUGCCUGAAGUGAUUGGAAUGCAUUCAUGCAAGAAGCCCAUCAUGAUAUUCUGUUGCACGCGAAACUCAUCCCUCGCGACGGCAAAAGAGUUGGCUCGUCUUUUCACAUUGACAAAUCCACCCGCCAGGCUUUGGAAUGGGCCCAAGAAGCGCCUCGAAGCUCAUAACGAGGACCUGAAGACAACCCUUCCUGCUGGUGUAGCAUUCCAUCACGCUGGGUUGGGCCCCGCUGAUCGCCACACUGUCGAGACAGGAUUCAGAGAAGGGAAUAUCAACGUCAUAUGCUGCACGUCAACACUUGCAGUUGGAAUCAACCUGCCUUGUCAUUUUGUCAUAAUCAAAAACACUGCCAGCUGGCAAGAUGGUGGCUUCAAGGAGUACUCAGAUUUGGAGAUGAUGCAGAUGCUUGGUCGCGCGGGCCGACCUCAAUUCGACGACAGUGCUACAGCAGUCAUCCUCACCAGGAAGGAGCGCGUGGCCCACUAUGAGAGACUGGUUCAGGGCUCUGAGAGUCUGGAGAGCUGUUUGCAUUUAAACCUCAUUGAUCACCUUAACGCUGAGGUUGGCUUGGGGAACAUCGCGGACGUCGAAUCGGCCGUGAAAUGGCUUGGUGGUACGUUCUUGUUUGUAAGGCUUCGUCGUAACCCGACGCAUUACAAGCUGAAGGAAGGGGCGAACCAAGAAGAUGAGGAUCAGCUGCUUCGCGAUAUCUGUGAGAAGGAUAUCAGUCUUCUCCAAAAAUAUGGUUUGGUCGAAGGUGAGAGCCUUUGUUCGACCCAGUUUGGCGAAGCUAUGGCUCGGUACUACAUCCAGUUCGAGACAAUGAAAGUUCUAUUGUCGCUGAAGCCAAAGGCAACCUUGUCUGAAAUUCUAAGUGUGAUCGCACAAGGUGAAGAAUUCCGUGAGAUCCGCCUCAAAGCCGGCGAGAAAUCACUCUAUCGAGAAAUCAACCGUGACCCAGGGAUUCGUUUUCCUAUCAAGGUUGACCUAGCCCUCCCAGCCCACAAGAUCUCACUACUUCUUCAAUCCGAGCUAGGGGCAAUUGAGUAUCCCGAUAACGACCAACUUCAAAAACACAAAUUCAGCUUCCAGCAAGACAAAAGCCUAGUUUUUGCACAUGUCAACCGGCUAAUCCGCUGCUUACUUGACUGUCAAAUCGCCCGCGGUGACUCAAUUACGAUCCUCAAUGCCCUUGAACUCGCCCGAAGCCUUGGAGCAAAGGUCUGGGACCACUCGCCGCUCCAGAUGAAGCAGAUCGAGCAAGUGGGCAUUGUUACAGUUCGGAAGUUGGCUGCCGCUGGGAUCACUAGUAUUGAAGGGCUGGAAUGUGCGGAAGCUCACCAGAUCGAGAUGGUUCUUAGCAAGAAUCCGCCUUUCGGGUCGAAGUUACUCUCGAGAUUGAAGGAGUUUCCGAAACUGAGGGUUUCUGUGAAGAUGCUUGGAAAGGAAAUGAAAGUUGACUGUGUCAACGUCCGAUUCAAGGCUGAAGUCGCGUUUAUGAAUGACAAGAUCCCGACCUACUUCCAACAUCGUCCGGUUUAUGUCUGUUGCUUGAUAGAGAGGUCCGAUGGUCAUAUGAUCGAUUUCAGACGCACAAGUGCGGGCAAGCUCCAAGAGAAACUUGAAAUUGAACUCACCGCGGAAUUGACGAGUUCGGAGCAUGUUAUUGUGUGUCAUGUUAUGUGUGAUGAAAUCGCGGGAACAUCGAGACAAGCUGAGCUCAGACCUAACCUGCCAUCUCACCUCUUUGCUGCUCUGCGAGAUAAGAAUACCAAUGCCAAAAAUACUGAAACCUCGAACCUGCCAUCUCGUCACCCCGAGAGGAAUUUCAAUUCUAAAGACGCAGAGAAACCGAAGACCAACACGUCUCGUCCUCACGGACGAGAUAUGACUAGCAUAAAGUCCAAGUCUCGGCAGAGUGUGGACGAUUUUGACGGCGAUGACUUGCAACUCGAUGAUUUCCUCGUUGCGAACGAACCCCGUGGCAAAGCAAAGGAAUCUACAAAGCCGCAAUCUCGACAGGUUGAUGGUUUUGAUGACAUAGAUUGGUUUUCCAUUGAUGCGACUCCACCGAGACCAGCCAAGGGAGUACCGAAGGUCUCGAAUACCCGAGAAGACGACUGGGGGGUGGACUUGGACGAGCCAGAGGAUGAGUACGAGCCUGUCAGACUUGCGAAUGGCAAAUGGGCCUGCAACCAUAAAUGCAGAGACAAAACUAGCUGCAAGCAUUUCUGCUGCCGCGAGGGCUUGGAAAAGCCCCCGAAGCCCCCGAAGCGGACCAUCCCCGCGACUCAAAAGGAAGGUAGUCUCAAUCAACUGACUAUUUCCGCAAGUAUCACAAAGGCACCAACCAGUAACUCGAGUUCGAAAAAGCAAGUGGCUAAGCAACGUGUCACGGGGCCCAAGAAUGACGGCCAUGUUUCAAAGAUGAAGAUGUCAACGUCACAAGCUGGAAAGAAGGAUCUAAGUCGAGAGAGGUCUGUCCUUUCGGAGAGGGACAAGAACGUUCCUUCAUACAAAAGAAAGUUGGAAAAGAGCCCAGCGCCUCUCUCCAGUGAUUAUGGCGAUGAAAACUUCGAUGAUUUACCAUCGCCAUCACGUCUUCUCGGGAGCAGGGGAUCAGGGUUUGCAACAUGGGUUUCUCCAGUGGCGGAUGAUCAGGCGGAGAAUAAAAUCACAGAUGUUCCGGCCAUUGAAUCAAAACAUACAGACACUGAGCCCUCGCACUCUGCUUCACGGUCCGAUUUCCUCCAGCUAGACCAAAUGAAGCUAUCCAACCCGAAACCUGAACACGAGAUAAUUGAGAUCCCGGAUGACACACCACCGGACUCAGAGAUGACAAUAACCAAAGACCCUUCUGCCAAGCAGGGUACACUGCCACUCACAACAAAAGCAGACCAACCCUCCACCCUGAAACGGAAGGCCAGUCAAGACGUAACCCGAACAGAACACAAGAAACAGGUGAAGCAAAGACCCUUUGUUUCUGCUUUACAGGUUCACGCUUCAAACUCUUUGGACGAUGAACCUCCACUGAGCCCUGAGCAGCCUGUGUCUCCUAUUUCUCCUGCCUCUCCCACCUCUCCCGUUCCCCUUGUUCCCCCCAUUCCUGCCGUUCCUGCCGUUCCUGUGAUCGGCGGUCAGAUGGACUUGAAUACAACAUGGGACAACAAUGGAAUUGAUCUGCUUGAUGAGUUCAAGGAUAUUAUUAAAUUCAUUUAA